GUGACGGAGUGGACAGAGCUCAGCCCCCUCGCUCCUAGAGGAAAUAAUCACAGUCAGACGAGACUGGCAUGAUGUGGACAACAGCUGUCCUCCUGCUGCUUUUGCCUCAUCUGCUUUCCUCCACAGACACAGGAAACGGCACUAAUUUUAACCAAUCAGAAAUAGACAGUGAGGACUUGUCUGACGCUCCUGGCAAAGGCCAGAAACUUCUCGGAGGGGUCAAAGGUCGGGACACAUGCUCCAUCCCAUGUGACAUCACCGUCAAGCUGCUACGAGAUGAGAAACAUUCAGUCUGUGGCCAAUUACAGCAGUCUCUGUUGGCGUUUGGACGCAGCACCCGGAAGCUGAUGAGGGAUGUGAUGGAGGAGCAGCAGAGAGCCCUGGACAUCCUCAGCACCCAGGUCACAGAGCUGAUGACCAAAGUGCAGACGCUUAGCUCUGAGGUCCAAAGAAGCAACACUGAGAUGUACUCCGUGAAACCUGUGCAGUCCCACGGACGAGACUGCAGCGACAUAAAAGACAGUCUUGUGUCAGUCGUCCCCAAGAUCCCCAGUGGUAUUUACAUCGUCCACCCGGAGAAUACUGACUCUUCCUUUGAGGUUUUCUGUGAGAUGGACUAUAUGGGAGGUGGAUGGACGGUGAUGCAGAGGAGGACAGAUGGAUUAACUGACUUCAAACGACCUUGGGUUGAUUAUGCUGAUGGAUUUGGGAACCUUGCAGGAGAACACUGGUUGGGCCUAAAGAAGGUGUUUUACAUAGUAAACCAGAAAGAUACUCGCUUCCAACUUCAUGUGGCUCUGGUCUCCAACGAUGAAAUCACUUCUUAUGCAUCAUAUGAUGAUUUCCGCCUGGACAGUGAAACCCAGUUCUUCAGUAUACACCUGGGCCGAUAUGCAGGCAGCGCAGGUGACGCAUUUCGUGGCUAUGACCAGGAGCAGAACCAGGACACGGCUCCGUUCAGCGCCUCAGAUGUGGACAAUGACGGCUGCAAUCCUUUCUGCUCCAUCGAGAAUCGCACUGUGGAGAGCUGCAGCACUCAGCACAACCAGACAGGAUGGUGGUUCAACCAGUGCGGUCUGGCAAACCUCAACGGCUCUCCUGAAAAUGCAGAGCAGAACCAGGGACAGAGGACUCACAUCCUGUGGGACACCUGGAGACAGAACGGGGUCCCUCACACCAUCAAAUCUGUCUCGAUAAAGAUCAGGAGGAUUGCAACCAAUAAUUGACAGUUGACAGAGAAAGAAUUAGAGCAC